UGAGGGCUUCCGUCAUUAUUAUGGAUACGUGUUGUGGUAGAAUUAUACAAGCGGAUGGCCAAAUAUAGUGAAAGAAAGACAUUAGAUGUGUUAAACAAGUUAAUCUACUUAUCAUCUUGUUAUAAUCAAAGAAAACGACUUGCGAGAAGAAAUCUCAAGCUCAUAAUUAUGAGAAAUGUAUCUUUUAUCAGUGUGCGUUUUCUGUUAUUCUGAGAUCCUGGUCUCAUAUUUAUGGGAUUUUAUUUUAGUAUUUAUUACAACUUUCUCGUAAUUUAUGAGAUGGCAAGUAAUUUAUGUGAUACAGAAGUCAUAAUUAUGAGAUAGGGUAUUUUUUUCCUUUUACUUGCUCAGUACAAUUCUGUAUCACUGCAGUGUACAAAGUUAUAAUUAAUAGGCCUAGUGUAUUAAGAUCAAAUAUCUGCACAGCUGUGGAUAGAACUGUGAUAACCUCAGGGAAAGAAAGAUCCCUGCCUCUUUGGAGACCCUGACCCUCACUGACUGAUGGCUUCUAUUUUUAGAUGACCUGAACUAAACGGACCCCCUCUCUUCAGCUUCCAUCUCAGGUGAGGCAGAGGGCCUGUGUAAAUAUUUGCCAGGAUAUUUCUGCAAUGGCUGCCACAGUGAGCUAUCACUUCACUUCCUUCUAGGAGACAGUAUCUACCUGUCAGCUGCCACUUCUAGCUUAACUAUGCACCCCUGCCACAGCUCUCAGUCCAGACUGGACCAUCUCCCUCCUGAAGGUCUAGCGGGGCAGGGUCACCCAGGGUCAUCCAGAUCUUUGGUUUGUCCACCGGAGCAGUCAGCCUCAACAUACAUGAGCUGCCACAAGUUAUGUCCAUCCACAAGCCAACAGGACUGGCACUGUCCUGUGUGUCUGCAGACGGCCAGCUUCCCAGUCCAGACGAACUGUGGCCAUUUGUUCUGUGCUCCCUGUUUGAUCACCUACUGGAGACACGGGUCAUGGUUGGACGCUAUCAGCUGCCCUCUCUGUAGACAGAAGGUCAGUGUUCUGUGCCAUCUGUUUAAUGAGAGUCGAACAGACCGACAGUCAAAGGAAGUUCUUGGGGAAAUCACAGACUACAACAAACGUUAUUCUGGAGCCCCUCGACGGAUAACAGACUACCUGUGUGAUGCGCCCCUUCUCCUGCAGUUACUGGCACGUGGCCUGGGCACGAUGGGAGGGCUUGUGUGGCUGUUUUUCUUCAGGGUGGCGCUGUGCUGCGUGGGGACUGUGGUGUCCAUCUCUUCCCCUUCUCUGGACCCCGUCUCCUCAUCAUCAAGUCCCAUAGAAACAGAUCCCUCCCUCUGCGGACUGCUGGGGGUCUUGGAUGACUUGGUGGUGGUCAUUCUGCUCCUUAUCUGUGUUAUCAAUAUCAACCAGCAAAUGGCGCCAGAGAGAGGACACUCUGCAAAUGCUGCAACCUCACAAGGAGUAAUGGGGGAUUCACUGUAGAUAGCUACUGCUGGAAAGUGUCAGUACGAGCUGUUUGACAUCGACUUUUAUUGGAUUUCUUCCUUCUGGCUUUAGCUAGUUGGAUUAGUGGAUGCAAGAAUAUUGACAACAGCACAGCAUGUAACAGUGGAUAUGUUAGUGUCUGAGCCUCUCAGACUGUGGACUCCAGGCCUGUGUGUCGAGUGUUUACAGAGCCCAUGUAAGAGGGAUAUCUAAAAUACGAUGUUGUGCAGUCUACUGGUACAACUGUGGUUAUAGAUGCUCAUUCCUUUGGUUGAGUUCUGAAGCGUUAAGCUGGUAGCUUUUUAAUCCAUAUUAAAUAGGCAAUAUCUUCAGUGCACAUUGAUAUGGAGGAAACUAUACCAAUUUAAAAAUCUUGUCAUCCCUUCCAUCACAAUUUUUAUGAAAUUUCUUUAGUGUCACUUCUACUCUGGGCAGCAACUCUGCAACUGAGUCAUGUCAGUACU